AUGUCUGCACACGGCCACAAACAUACGGGUUCCGUGACCCAGAACCACAAAGCUCAACUUGCUAAUGCCUAUAACGAACUCGGGAAGGAACUCUCAUCGAGCAAGAUAAGGGUUGUCGGAAACUACACCCUUGGAAAGGUCAUCGGUGAAGGCGCGUACGGCAAGAGUUGCCAUAAAGCAAAUUCCGAAGGCAAUGUCUGCCUCCCUCACCCGCGAAAUACACCACCACCGCCAGCUCCACCACCCCCAUGUCACUCAGAUGUAUGA